UCGGGCGGGCGCGGGCCUGGCGGUGAUGGCGGACGGCGGGGAUGGGCGGCUAAGGACCUCGGGGAGCGGCGGCGACAGCGGCGCGGGGGAGUCGGCGGGUGGCGGGAUGCUGCUCUACGCGGUGCUGCUGGUGUUGGUGCUGCUGGCCGCGUACCUGCUGUACCUGCGCUGGAGGAAGCGGAGCGGGCCGGGGGGCGCGGCCCAGCAGAGCCAGGCCGCCCUGCUGCCGCGGAUGAAGCGGCGGGAUUUCUCCCUGGAGCAGCUGCACGAGUUCGACGGGACCCGCAACCCCCGCAUCCUCCUGGCGGUCAAUGGCAAAGUCUUCGACGUGACCAAAGGCAGCAAGUUCUACGGGCCCGAGGGUCCAUAUGGAAUAUUUGCUGGCAGAGAUGCCUCCAGGGGACUAGCAACUUUCUGUCUAGAUAAAGAUGCACUCAGAGAUGAAUAUGAUGACCUAUCGGACUUAAAUGCUGUACAGAUGGAAAGUGUAAGAGAGUGGGAAAUGCAAUUUAAAGAAAAAUACGACUACGUAGGUAGACUCCUAAAACCAGGGGAAGAACCAUCAGAAUAUACAGAUGAGGAAGAUACCAAGGAUCACACUAAACAGGAAUGAACUUUGUAAACAACCAAAGUCAGGGGCCUUCGGAACUGCAACCUCUUUUCCCCAUCACAGAAUGUCCUGCAUCUUUGGGUACAGUUCAUCUGCUGCGAAAAACAUUCAACAGGUUUUGUACAAGGAAAAUAAUAAAGUCACAAUUGAAGAUUGGAAUACUAGACAUUAUUUGUGCUGCCAAACUUUUUGUUGCAGUUUAUUUGUAAUGUCUGGUAAGGCUUAGUGAAGAGGGGCCAGGGAUUUAAAGGCAAAACUGCUAUUCCUUUUUAUCAGUAAGCUGAAGCCUUUUCAAAUAGCAUAUAUUACAAACUCUCUAAAGAUGUGAGUCUUCAAGCUCAGUGAAAGGUUUGAAACUUGUUUCAUGUUUGUCUUCUCCUUCAGCAUUAAACAAAGAUGUGCUCAUGUACAUCAGUAUCAGUAGGUUAGACUACUGACACUGGUGUUAUAAUGUGAAUUUCCAAUUUUGUUUUGUACGUGGGCCUUAGUAGCCCUGGCAGAAUACUUCAGUUCUCUAAGAGAAGUCCACAUAGAUCAGGAUGGGGGUAAAAUUCAUCCUUCUCUCAAAAGGAUAGGGUAAAACUAUUUCCUCUUCAACAACUAUUAUCUGAAGCCUGCCUCCCUCCCACUCCUUUUUCCCAUUCGUCUGAAUCAAAUCAAAUAUUAAUUGUGCCUUAUUUCGCUUGCAUAGACUUGAAUUGUUUUAAGGGAAAACCCUCUUUCAUAGUCACUACAUAGCAACAUUGAGACUGAAGUUAGAAUGUUCUGUUGACUGGAAAACCUUGAUGUCAUUCUGUGUAUAGAAUGUAAAAGAGGAAUACUCAGUGUUACUGCCAUAUGUUAAUACUACAUAUACUUAAAUUAGCAUUGUGAUGGCCAAAUGCAUACUCCCACGCUUCUUUUUAAGUAAUUUAAAAAAAAAAAGUCACCCUUCCUCCUCUUCCAGAAGCUGCCUAACUUUUGGGAGCACAGCCUUCACACCCCUGUAGAGUGAAGGGGCGUGCGCGCGUGUGUCUGUGUGCGUGUCUGUCUGAAUGCAAGACUUGAGAAGGAUUGUUUCUGCAGAUAUUGUAAAUACGAGUACCAUUUUAAUAAAGCAUGUACAAUACCAAAUGGGCUGUCAGACUCUAUGUAGAAGCUGUGAAGCAGAGCUGGAUUAUGGUGGAAUACAAAGUAAGGGGAAGAAGUCUUGGAUAUGAAAGAGUCGCUGUUAUUAAUGUUCCUAGCUCCAGGGGUGUUGAUUUUCUUUUCAAGUCCCACCUUUUGAAGAAACUGAAGGACUCAGGUAAGUUGUAGUUAAAGGAUUAAACCUAUGCCAAUGCAUCUAUGGUGGAAAAAAAAUCAAGUAAUGGUAUAUAAGCAUUCUAGGAAAUAACAUAAUGUACAAUAAAAGCAGUGUGUUUCAUGGCGCUUGCAGCUGGAGAUCAAUACAUGUGGAGUAAUGCAAACAUCUUGCAGAAACUUCACUGCCUACUUUACCAGAUUUCUAACUGUGACCCCAUUAAGUUCCUGGCUUAUGGUUUUAUGAGUUACAUCUGCAGCUGUGCUUGAAGAUUUUAUCUGUGGUAUGUUUACAGGAACAGAUUUCUAUAUAUCCAUUAUGUUGAAUUGUCAACCCUGAAAUUUCAGGAACUACAAUGUUUUUAUUACUGUUGGACUGAAAGAGUUUUGUGUUAAUAUAAAUGAAACAAAAUCCUCCACUGAAUCACUCAUAACUCACGUGUCCUAGAAGGCAGAUUAAAUUCUUUUCCUUGCAUAUGCAAGCCUGAAACGUAAUAAUUUUAUCACAGCAGAAGAAAUAACAGAACUGAAGCCAUUUCAAGUCAGGCUCCAUUUGCGGGUUCUCACAGGAACUGAGCAAUGCAGCUAGGUACAUGUCUGGCCAGUUAGUGUGUGCCAUUUAAGGUGCUGGUUUCUGUUUAUGUCACACCCUUGUUAACAUGGAUGCAGUAUCCAAUAUUCUGUUUGUGCAUUAUUACUGUAAUAAGUAUCUAUCUGCUAAUCAUUGAACACUGCUGCAGUGUUGGUUAGGCUAGUAUAACUAACUACAGGAAUACUACUUAGAUGGAAGAGCAGAAGCUGCCAACAAAUAAAGAAAAGCUUUCUUGUGCAGGACAGCUGCUAAGAGUACUUGAGUGUUAAUUUGCUAUCCAGACACCUAACUGCUUCAUUUUAACUAAAUCCAAAAGGUUUACACUGUAGUUGGAGUACGCUUAUCACAUUUUAGCUCUUGCUUAAGCUCUUGCACCUCAUUACAGCAUCAAGAUGCAUAUGGCUGUAGAUUGGGAAUAGAAGUCUCGUGCCCGUAUCAAAUGGGACAAUCAGAUAAAGUUUUUUCAGCCUUCCACAUAAAAAUACUUUCACAGUUGAUUGUAUUACAGCUUCUACUGUACAGAGCCAUGGAUGGAGAUUCCUACCACCCACCAUGAAUUACCCUGUUAUUUACUCAUUGCAGCUAUUACUAUUGCUACACCUGGCCUAGCUGUAGCUUGAGCUGUUUAUCUUGCUUGCGCCUGUUUUAUGUAGAAAUUUCUUACUGGGCAAAGAGCAUUUGUUUUCAUAUGCUGUGCCUUCCUAACCCAGUGCAGCCUUUUCCUUUCCCAUGCUCAAAGAACUGCACGUGAAGCUUAAUCAGAUCAAAAUUAAUGAAUGUGUUUUUUUUUUUAUUUUAAUUAUUCAAACACUUUUUAAGAGAGCAAUGCCCCAAUACUUAUGAUUUAAGAUCGGUUAAAUAAAAAAGGGAUCAAAGAUGAGUAGAAGGAUUAUUUUUGCUUUCAAGCAACUUAGCAGUAUCUGAAGACUGCAACACAAAAUCUUAUUUUGGCAGUACCAUGUUGCAUAGAUAAAACCCUGUAUUUUGAUGCAGAGUGGAUCUGACUUUGGCUUAUUUAUCUUGCCUUAAAAGUCACUAGUGAUAAGAGGAUGACAACUUAAACAGUGCUUUAGAACACACCACAUUCUUCAUUUUAACAGGAAGUCAAUGCAUACAGUAGGCACUCACAGUUCAGAACAUCACAUCCUUGGAAGCUUCAGUGAAAUCAGUAUCAUAACUUUUUUGGAGACACUCAUCCUUGUAGUAGUUGUAGCAGUCACUUGGUAAAAAUUCACUGUUAAACUAAUAAAAGUGACAGGUUGAUAUUGACAAAAUUUUUGUUUGGCAACGUAAGGGGCUGGUCUCAUCUUCAGUAGAAGCAAAAAACAUUUCCGGUUUUCCAUCAAUUCUUUUCUUGGGCUAGAGUUAGUGUUGCUCUGGGUUAGAAGCAGUCAUUUGUUAAAAUGUUUCUGGCCUAUUUGUACACCACUUGCCAAGUUUUUGUUUUGAUGGUAGGAAAUGUAUUUUUAAAUCUUGAUUUUUUUUAAAACAAAUAUUUUUACUUAAUCUUGAACAUAGCAAAUUUUCACUGGAGAUUAUGGAACUGGCCUUCCACAUGCUUGUACAUGUUCUUAUCUUUUUAUUGACACAGAUCUGCUGUUUCUUGGUUAAGAUUUGCAUUUUCUAUCUUUUCAGCAUAUGCAGUUCGAUGCACUCUCAAAUUGCUUCUUGUUUUGCUACACUUUAAAUAGCUGUCAUAAACCAUCACAAUCUAAGCUAUUUUUCUGCUCUUGUUUUUGCUUUUUUUCUUUCCCUGUGAAAUCAGAUCAGCUUCAGCCUCUUUAGUGAAAAGGUCAAGAAAUAGUUAAACUGGACUUGGUAGCUUUCCCCCUGCCCUGAAACAUGCAUUGUUUUGUGUAAUAGAACAAAAUAUAUUCAAAGUUCUACUUUUCGAACAAUAAUUUUCUUCCUGUGUUUUAUUCCUGCUUCAUGGCUGUUGAUUUUUUUGCUGGUGUUUUAGGAUCAAAGCUGUGUAGUUUUUCAUGAAGCAUAACUGACUGUCUAAUAUAGAAACAAAGUGUUCUAGAAAUUGCCUUACUAAGCAUAGAGUAUGUUUGUGAUGAAGUCCUUAGCUUGCUUCUUGCAGUCUUAGCUCCCUCCAAUUUCCAUGUUAUGGUUUAAAGAAUAGGUUGUGGGGGGAAAAAAAGCUCAACCAGUGAUUGCUUUUUCAGCCAUGGAUGGAAUGAUGCAUUUGCAGUUGUCAGUUUGGCAAUUUAGUCCUAGUAAUCAUUUUGGCCUUGAGGGCUUAAAUAUAGAAAACUUAAUUCAAUAUGAACAGGUAUGUCCACCCAGGUUAGUUCAAAUGCAGGUGAAGUAUUUUUAACGAGAAAAAUACACCCAGUGCACCCAACCCAGGAGCAUUCCCCUCUGUGGAGUUUCCUGCGUUUCUGUGCACUUUGCUGUACCAGAAGUUUGCAACUUGGCUGCGUUUCACAGUUCCAGUCUGGCAGAACAGCCUUUUUACAAAAUUAAUGAAAAAAACCCAAUUAUCCCCAUUCUGGUUACGAACUGUUUUCCGUGACGAUGAUACUUUACUGAGCUGUCACAAUUUCUAGGUACCUGAGUAAAGCCUACAAGCAUACUAUGUAAACACCUAAGAAUAAAACUCUGGAUGUGAGAAGUUGUGGAGGCAGGUCUGGAUUUGUCAUUGUCCAUGAGCAUUCUGGAGUAAAAACACAUUUCUGCUGCCUGACUUGGGCCCUGAUUUUAUGGGAGCGUGAAGGCUGUCAUUUCAUUUUAUGUAGUUGAAGGCAUCACUUUUUACUGGAAAGAAACCACGACUGAUGAGCUUUGAAGGUAUUAAUCCAAAGUGUUGCCUUAAAACAGCUAAACUAGAUGCUUACGUUUCUUCAGAAUUUUCUAUCACAGUGGCAUUGUAGCUGAAGUCUCAUGUCAUCUGGGCAUAUAAUAAUGCCACCACAGACAAGUUAAAAGCUGAUUUUCUACAUAAAUCCCAUGACUAGGUUAGAUUUUGGGGGUUUGUUUGCUGCAUUUCUAGUGGAGUUUGCAGAAGUUGAAGCAAAGGGCACUGCCUUUUUCCCCUCCAAAACUCUAGGAUAAGGAAAGCAGAGAGAAAAGCUUUAAGAUUACAGGCAUAGCCCAGCGUAGCUGUGAGAUUUCUCAGCAAAAGAACAUCAGCCAACAGUUAAGUCUCUUCCUCAGUCUGGAGUUGCAAAAGGGUGGUUUUUCACCUCAGCACAAGAUGCCUGAUUCCAGUGCACACAGAGCACAGGCUGCUGUGAGUACGAGCUUUCUGCCCAUUUAUCCCACAGACACCCAAAUCCCUGCUAAACUCCAGAAGAGUCUGUCAUGCAGACAGGCUACUGCUUCUCAUUGUAGGAAAAUAUCUGCUCUCCAUAAGGAACAACAGCUUUCUUUCCCUACAAAGCCUUCUGAGCAAGACUGAAGGAAAACCUUAAUGAAUGAGCGUUUAGCAUAGUAUAAUUUUGAAGUAUUUGCUGAGGAAUGUCUCUAGAAGAAGGCAUUCUAUCAUUAAGCACACAAGAGCUUUUAGACAUGUGAAAAGUCAAAAACUUGAUAAGUACUUAGCAAAAACCUGUUAGGAUACAGUCUUAAGACGAAUGAAUUGAAGGUUACCUUAAAUGGAUGUAGAAGGCAGCAGAAAGGAUGCUGUACGUAUGCAUGCCUGCUCAAAGAUAAAUAUAUGGCUGCACAACAGGAAUGCCGGUUACAGAAAGGUAAUUAACAACUUUGAACCCUACAGAGGAACAAACUGCUUAACCAGUAGUCCUGGGGCUUUUUUCUAACCUUUAAUGUUUGUGUUCUCAUCUCAGCAUGUGAACAGCACAGCAGUGGAGCUGUCAUUCUUUCUACCACUCUGACAGGGAACCAAGGAGGGAAGGAGGGUCUGAGUCUCUGGGACAACAAAGGGGGCGUUCCUGAAGGAAGGCAAAGCUAUAAGCCAGACCUGUGUCCCCUGCAUCUGCCAAAAUAAAGGGCCACACUAUAAACAAAGCUGUAAGAGGUAAAGUAUUCCCUCCCCUUAGCUUCAGCCAUAUUUUCUACUCACCUGUCAUUUUUUCUUCGAAAAAAGCACUCGGGCAUGUGAAAAGUCAUCACGAAACUUGAAAAAAAGCUGGCUUGCAUUUUAAGAACCAGCAGAGGCAAACCUACAGCCUUAGAGUCCAUGCAAGUGUUUUCUUCAUGCUUUUGGAACAGUAACAACAAAGCUUGUAAUACAACAUUAUUGGAGGGUUUUCUGGGUUGUUUUUAUAAAAUUUGGCAAGAUAUCACAAAAUUACACACCAUAAGCUUAGUCUGCACAUUUUCCAAUGAAAAAAAGUGAAAUAUUUUUAAUCUUUUACUUGUAUAUACAAAUUCAAUUCAAAUUUACAUUUGCAUCAUUUUUCUGAAUAGCAAGAGUCAUGGAUCAAACACAGGGUUGAGGUGUGUUACUUCAGCUUAUGGAAAGGAUGCUGCUUAAAUUAGUUGUUAAUUUUCACUUAGAGCCUUUUACAGGGGGCCUGUUCUAUUUUGUACUGUAACUCUUUUAGCUGCUGGGAAGGCCACUGCUCAUGUACUCAUUUACAAUGCAUAAUUCAUUGAGUUUCACAAGACAAUGAAAAAAUAAUAAUAGACUCACUAUGACAACUUCUAAGAGCUGACAGCAGUUUGACACUCUGACUUUGGAUGGUCAUUCUGUUUGGACAACUUCAUGGGUUAAGGCAUUUGUGCUAGAUGUAUUUCUCAACAGAGGGCUCUUCUGUAGCUAACUGGUUAGAAAGCUGAAAUUCUUCUCAUUUUCCCUUGGAAGAAGUAAGUGACCCACUCAGUUUGUGCAGUGUUUUUUAAAUGAAAGUAAUGAAAGGAAAAGAAAUUGCAUGAUAUAAACAUAUUUUAGCUACAGAAAUGAACAUAUAUUUCAAUAACUUACGUUCAGUGAAAUUGUGCUUAGACCUGUGUGAAAUUAUCUUACCUUAGUGAGCACAAUUUAAGCAGACCUUCAUUCAAAUAUUGUAAAAUUAAGAAAAAAAAAAAAAAAAAGUUUACAAGGAAUACUUUGUUUCCUUCCAAACUAAUUUUUAUUCCUUGAAAUACAGAGGAAAAAAAAUCUUAAAAAAAAAAAAAAAAAAAAAAGGAUGCCUCUGAUGUUAGAGUGCUUUAUUGUGAUUCUGUGAUCAUCAUAUGAGAAUUCAGCUGAAGCUACUUGAAUGACCAGCACCAACUGCAGAUGCUAGGUGUCAAUUUAAGACGCUGAAUCAACAGAUCCAUUUUUCCCCUGUGUUUUACUGUGGCUUUUUAAGAAUCAGUAUUGAAAGAAGUAUCUGCAAAGCUAUCCCAGUUAUGUCCACUCAACUCCAUACUUAAUGCUAACUAUGGAGACCCCGAAAAAAAUAGAAACUAUGUCUUUAAAUAGAGUCCAGCAGUGCUGUAUCAUAUAUAGCUGCACAUUCUUGAGUGCACUUUCACACAAAGCAUACCUUUAUAGUUACAGAUUCAAAAGCAAACCAAUCACAUAGAUCUUUCUUUACAUUUAAAAUUAUAUGAAUACUGUAAUUUUUUUGCUUUGGUAAAAUACAAACAAAGGGACAAAGAAAGCGCAGUCAGUAAGAUGGAUAUACCAUACUUUUUUUUUUUUUUUUUUUUUU